AUGGACUUACACCGGGCAGCCUUCAAGAUGGAGAACUCAUCCUAUCUUCCCAACCCUUUGGCAUCCCCAGCGCUGAUGGUCUUGGCAUCCACUGCUGAGGCCAGCCGGGAUGCCUCUAUCCCUUGUCAGCAGCCACGACCCUUUGGUGUGCCUGUCUCAGUAGACAAGGACGUUCAUAUUCCCUUUACUAAUGGCUCCUACACCUUUGCCUCUAUGUACCAUCGGCAAGGUGGGGUGCCGGGCACUUUUGCCAAUCGUGAUUUCCCCCCUUCUUUACUACACCUACACCCUCAGUUUGCUCCCCCCAAUCUAGAUUGCACCCCAAUCAGUAUGCUAAACCACAGUGGUGUGGGGGCAUUCCGUCCCUUUGCUUCCACGGAGGACCGGGAGAGCUAUCAGUCAGCCUUUACGCCAGCCAAGAGACUCAAGAACUGCCAUGACACAGAGUCUCCCCACCUGCGCUUCUCAGAUGCAGAUGGCAAGGAAUAUGACUUUGGGACACAGCUGCCAUCCAGUUCCCCCGGUUCACUUAAGGUUGAUGACACCGGGAAGAAGAUCUUUGCUGUGUCUGGCCUCAUCUCUGACCGGGAAACAUCCUCGAGCCCAGAGGAUCGGAAUGACAGAUGUAAGAAGAAAGCAGUAGCGUUGUUUGACAGCCAAGCCCCGAUCUGCCCCAUCUGCCAAGUCCUGUUGAGGCCCAGCGAGUUGCAGGAGCAUAUGGAGCAGGAGCUGGAGCAGCUGGCCCAACUGCCUGCCGGCAAAAAUUCCCUUCUGAAGGAUGCCAUGGCUCCAGGCACCCCCAAGUCCCUCCUGUUGUCUGCUUCCAUCAAGAGGGAAGGAGACUCUCCAACGGCAUCACCACACUCUUCUGCCACCGAUGACCUGCACCACUCAGACAGAUACCAGCUCCUGGCUUGCCCGGGUCUCUUCAUCAUCGGGCCAACUGACUUCUUGGCAGUCACAGCGUCUCGUCUGAGAGUGCAAACCAAGGCUACCGCCCUCAGUUUCCCCGUCUGUCUAAUGGAGGGUUACGUUUUUGUGCUGACUGGGGUGUGGUCUCGGAUUGGGAAAAUGAAACGGAGGAAGCAAGAUGAAGGGCAGGUAUGUCCCCUGUGCAACCGCCCCCUGGCAGGAUCGGAGCAGGAGAUGAGUAGGCAUGUGGAGCAUUGCCUUUCUAAGAGGGAAGGCCCCUGCAUGGCCGAGGACGAUGCUGUGGACAUGGAGCCGGAGAACAGCAGCCGCUUUGAGGAGUAUGAGUGGUGUGGGCAGAAGCGGAUACGGGCCACCACACUCCUGGAAGGUGGCUUCCGAGGUUCCGGCUUCGUCAUGUGCAGUGGCAAAGAAAACCCAGACAGUGAUGCUGACCUGGAUGUGGAUGGAGAUGACACUCUGGAGUAUGGGAAACCACAAUACACAGAGGCCGAUGUCAUCCCUUGCACAGGAGAAGAGCCUGGUGAAGCCAAGGAGAGAGAGGCACUCCGGGGUGCAGUCCUAAAUGGUGGCCCCCCCAGCACCCGUAUCACACCUGAGUUCUCUAAAUGGGCUAGUGAUGAGAUGCCAUCCACUAGCAAUGGUGAAAGCAGCAAGCAGGAGGCCAUGCAGAAGACCUGCAAGAACAGUGACAUUGAGAAAAUCACUGAAGAUUCCGCUGUAACUACAUUUGAGGCCCUGAAGGCUCGUGUCAGGGAGCUUGAACGGCAGCUAUCUCGGGGGGACCGAUACAAAUGCCUCAUUUGCAUGGACUCAUACUCGAUGCCCCUAACGUCGAUCCAGUGUUGGCAUGUGCACUGUGAAGAGUGCUGGCUGCGGACUCUGGGUGCCAAGAAGCUCUGCCCUCAGUGCAACACCAUCACAGCGCCUGGAGACCUGCGGAGGAUCUACUUGUGAGCUAGCCAUCCAGGCAGGCCUUGCGUUGAGCAACCCCACCUGCCCCAGCCUCUGUGACAGUGAACCCCUCUCCCUUUGUACAUAAUUGCACACAGGUUCCCCGUGUACAUACAUGCACAUACACACCCAAACACACAUAUAGGACUCUGGAGCCAGAGUGGAGCAGCCCUUCCUGCUUGCUCCUUCUGAACUUGGGGACCAUGCCUCUUUUGGCUCUGUUUCCAGUGUGGGCAGGAAGGUAGGGAUGGGGAGUAGCAGGGCAAGGCUCUUGAGAUCCAUCCCCUAGACUGACAGACAGACAUGCAAACACCAGACUGAAGCACAUGUAAUAUAGACUGUGUAUGUUUACAAUGUUGUGUAUAAAUGGGACACUUUGCCCUCUACCGCCUCCCCUUUGGUUGUACGAUUUUCUUUUUUUUAAUGACUCCUGGAAGCAGUGCCCCCUUCGGGGCUGGCUGGGGGCUCGGCCCAUCCACCUCUUAAGGUGCCUGCCUUUCCCUCUCCCAUGGCCUCCCUCCCCUUUCCCAUGUGCUCGGUGUUCAGUGGUGUAUGUGUCUUCUCCCAGACACGGGCCAUGUGCCCAAGGAUAUGAUCCUCUCCUUAGUCUUAGCUCAUGGGGCUCAUUAUGAGGAGCUGGGGUAGAGUGGAAAAUGGGACCGAGCAGAAACAGGCUGCAGUCCGGCUGGCUGAGGGUGCCUGGCUGCCCAGCCUGCUGUUGAGAACAACUCCUGGGAAUAGAACGCGGCUACCAGGGGAAGUGCCGCCUCCCUUGCCCUCCUGUGGGCCCUAUGGUGUGAUGCUGUGUCUGUAUAUUCUAUACAAAGGUACUUGUCCUUUCCCUUUGUAAACUACAUUUGACAUGGAUUAAACCAGUAUAAACCA